AAGAUGGUUCAUUAUGAGGAACAUUUUUGUAAAAUAAUAGAUUUUUUAAAUUUAUACCAACAACUAAUCGAUUGCCAUUUGGUCGACUUUAUCAGCCAUAAAUUGUGGGACAAAUGUUUACCAGAGUUAUUAAAAUUAGAACUCGAAAACAUUCAAACAAUGAACGAUAUUUGGAAAGAAAAUGAAAAUGUUAGUCGAUUAAAUGAAUUUAUACGAAUGACUAAGUCGUUGUCUUUGCAGUCAUGUUCGAUGAUAUCAAAUUAUAAAGAUAUUCCAGAAUUCUUAAACUUAAAUCUGGAUAAUGAUGAAUUUAAUGUUGAAACAAAUAACAAAGAUGCUGAAUUUAUGAGUGAAAAAAAAUUUCACGAAGUGGAAACACUUGGCCGUGUAAUCGGACAUAUAGCAAAAUCAACUAAAAGUUUAGUAAUAGAUGCCGGUGCUGGAAAGGCCUAUUUGUCUACAUAUUUAUCAGAAAAUUACAAACUACCUGUACUCGCAAUUGAUUCAUCAGAUCUUUGUCACAAAGGAGCAGUUCAUCGAACAGAAAAAAUGAAGAAAGUGGGAAAGCAAAGUUCAUCUUCGGUCAAAUACAUAGUCGCAAAAAUUGACGAAAACACGGAUUAUAAUAAAAUGGUUAACUUAAAUUUUCCAAAUUGGAAUUUAAAGAAUAAUUUAAUUUUAACCGGACUGCACACUUGCGGAUCUUUAGCUCAUUCUCUUAUGAAAGUCUUCCUACAUAAUGACAAUUUUAAAGUCAUUUGUUUUGUACCUUGUUGUUAUCACUUAGUCAGUGAAUCGUUUAGCAAAAGAAUUAAAUUUUCUCGGAAUGCCAGAAUGUUGGCGCAACAAUGUAUAGAAAGAACUAAAAAAACCAAAUCGUUAUCCCCAUCGUUAUUUUACAGAGCAUUGUUACAAGUACUGUUACAUUCUAUGGGUUUAGACAAUGUUAAAAUAGGACGUGGUGGACCUUUAAGUGAUUUUCCAACUUAUGCCAAAUGGGCAUUACUUAAAAUUGGAAUUGAUAUAAAAAAGAUACCGCCAAAUGAAAUUUUAGAACAACUCUACCAGUCUCAUAUAAAUUUAAAAUUAAAAUUGAACCUCUUCCAAAUGUUGCGAAUAUACAUAAGUCCGGUGUUGGAGGCAGCGAUUAUAUUAGAUAGAAUAGUAUAUUUGCAAAAUAGUAUGAAAUGUUCAAAGUCUUUUAUUUUACGAUUGUUUAAUCCUGUUUUAUCACCGAGACAGUAUGCAAUAGUUUCUGUCAGGUAAAAUUCUUUUUGAUUAAUAAGCUUUAUAAAAUUUUCAUGAUUGAAUAUAAUUAAAAUGAUUGAUUGAUUUAUUGUCGCCUUAUAAAAAAAUACAUGAUUAUAUUGAU